AUGUAUUCAAAUGAAACGUCAAAUUUUCAUAUUAAAAUAAAGCGUGCUUGUUAUUUAUUACCAAUCGAUAUUGAUCGUAAAUCAAAUUUUUAUUGUCAAUUAUGUUUAUUUUCAUCUGAUAAUUUAUCGAACAAAUCGAAUUUUAAAACAGAUAUUAAAAAACAAACAUUUAAUACACAUAUUAAUCAAGAAUUUAUUUAUAAAAAUAUUCAAUUAAAACAAUUAAUUAGUAAAACAUUACAAAUAACUGUUUAUAAUAAAGAAAUUAGAAAAAAAGACAAUUUUAUUGGUAACUAGAUUUUACGAUUUAUUAACAAUUAACACUAUUCUAAUAAUUAUCUGGAGUUCUUUUUUUUUUCAAUAUAGAAACAAAUCAGAUUUCAAAUAUAAGAAUUCGAACUCUUAUAUUGAAGUUUAGUAUUAGAAAUAAAUCAUUUUUACUAGAUGAUUAUGAUAAAAAUUCAUUUGUUUUAUUAAUAGAUUUAAAAUAAUAUUUUAUUUUUAAAUAAUUGAUUAUUAAAUGUCUUAUUUUAUUAAAUUUAAUUAGUAAUAGUUUAAUUGAAUAAUAAAAUAAUAAAAUUGUUUUGAGACAUAAUUAAAUAAAUGAUUUUAAUUUGUACUCAUGUUGAUUAGUGAGUUAAGAGAUAAUAAUUGAAUGUUAAUUUAUUUAUUUUAAAAUAAAUAACCAAACAAGAUUUCUCUAUUAGGUGGAAUUCGAAUAGGUCAAUCGGAAAGUGGAGAUUAUUUAAAACAUUGGUUCUUAAUGAUAAAAUGUCCAAAUCAAUCAAUUGAUAUGUGGCACAAUUUAAAAAAUGAACAUUUUUAAUUACUUUUAAGGAAAGAACAUUUUUCAAACAUAUUUAUAUGAUCAAUUAUUUAAUUAUCAAAUUUUCAAUAGAUUGUUUUUUUUAUAUCUUCCUUUUUUUUCUUUUGACAUUUGUUGUUUUAUUUUUCAAUUUUUAUUAUAUUAUUCACUAGAAACAAAUUUCUUCAUUCUCCUCAAUAUAUUCUAUUACUAUAUAUGUCUUUUCUUCUGUUAUUACUUUAUUCGACAUAUUACAUUUCAAUAGUUAUUUAUCAAUAAUAUAUAUAACUCAUUCCGCAUAAACCACAACCUAUGCUGCUCAAUCGACAUCGUCAGAAUUUGCUCAAUUUUAUAUAUGUUGUAAAGGCAAGAGUUCUAAGAAUUUCGACGCCAGCCGUUUGAAAAAAAACUAUUCCUUUCACGAGAUACUUAAAUUUUUCUAAGAGUGGGGUGUGGGUGUGGGUGUGGGUGUGGGGU